AUGCUUCCACACAUAAUACAGCUCCUGGCAAUGGAACAUGCAAAAAAUGAGUCGAAAACUGAAGAAAAUGAAUCAGAAAACACGGAAAAUCAAACUGCCGCUCCAGAAGUUCCGAAGGGAUUCGAAACAGAAACAAUCAAAGAUAAGGACGUUUUUGAAGAGGUUUUUGGAAAACUCUCGAACCAUUUGGAUCCGAUUUUGUACAAGGUCACCACCGAGGAAAUGAGAAGACGUCUGUUUGGUCAGGAGCACUUUAACAGUUCCAGUUUGGCGUUGAAUUUGAGAAGAGCAAAAUCGAGAGCCGGCGGUGAGAUUCUUCGAAGGGAGUUGGAGCAAAAAGGGAUAUCGCUGAAUGUGAAUCAUCGCAAAAUGGAGACACCGAAGCUAGUGUGUUCGUUGGUCGAGGGAGAGGUGAUUCAUAUGGCAAAAGAUAUGGAGGAUAUUGUUGAUGAGCAAUAUGACUGUGAUCUGAUUGCUCAGGAAGUCGUUGAUGAGAUGAAGGAGAAUGAGAAGUUGGAUUUCGAGGGUUUUGAAACGUGUAUGUCAUCUCUAUCUACCGUAUUCUCAUCAGUCGUCCCACCACUCUCUGGAAUGAGUUCAAAAUCAUCGGAAAAUCGUAAAUUCAAUCAUCAAAUGGAGGCGUUCUCAAAUGUCACUCAUGGAUUUGGAAUCGUUUCUCAGCCGACAUGGAUCCGUCAAAUGACUAAAAUUGGAGAGAAAAUGGAGGAGAUUGUCAAGGAGAAUUAG